GAGGAACUUCCCAUUAGAAAUGGACGAUGACAAAGAGAAAGAACCCGAGUCAGGGCCUAGCCAUGACUGGGGCGAGUUAACUCAGUUAUGCCUCAUCAACAUCCUCUCUCGCCUCUCCCUAGAAGAUCGAUGGCGCGGAGCCAUGUUUGUGUGCAAGCCAUGGUUUCAAGCUUGCAAGGAUCGUAAACUCAACUCAGUAAUCGACAUCGAAACUCAGUUCGAAUCGGCCACUGAGUCGUCUCGUUACUGGACGCCCGAGUUCGAGCGCAAAAUGGACAAUAUGCUCCGAUCUGUUUUACUUUGGAGUAACGGGUCUCUUACAACCGUUCGGGUUAGACACUGCUCUGAUCGUUCCCUAGCUUUGGUCGCUGAAAGGUUCCCAAACCUUCAAGUUCUCUCUAUCAAAAGCUGUCAACACGUAACUGAUGAAACGAUGUCUAAGAUUGCCUAUGGGUGCCCUUUGCUUAGGGAACUCGAUAUCAGCCUCUGCUAUCAAAUAUCUCACAAGUCUCUUGCUCUUAUAGGACAGCAUUGUGCUAAUUUGAGAAUUCUGAGGCGAAAUUUCACGAAUAGGGUAGAUCAUUCCGGACAACAACGUUUUAUCCCCAGGGAGUAUCUAGAUGCCUGUCCUCAAGAUGGCGAUUCAGAAGCUGCUGCAAUUGGAAAAUUUAUGCUCAAACUUGUGCAACUUGAGCUUCGUUUCUCCGACUUGACUAAUAAAGGACUAGCUUUGAUAUCUGAAGGGUGCAUAAACCUUGAGCAUCUGGAUCUCACUGGAUGUACAAAUGUUACUAGACGGGAUAUUUCAAAUGCCUCGUCGAAUCUGAAGCAGUUGAAAACCUUGAAGAAGCCUCAGUUUUAUUCUCCGAUGUUAGAAUCUGAAAGGUAUGGGCACUGGCAACUGUAUGAUGAGCGUUUCCAGACGGGUGACUUUCGAAUUUAAUCAGGCAAAGCAUGAGUCAACUUCUUGUACAUUGUGCUUUUAAAUUGCUUAUUUCUAAAUAGGGCUAUAGAGUGGAGUGAAUGCAGAGGAUUUAUGUAGCUGAUUUAGUAGUUUGGAUAAUUGACUUUUUGAAAAUAGCACAGUUAAUUUAUCAUAUUAAGCAGAAAGAAAGGUGGGACUUUUUUGAUGAUGAA